AUGUCGGUCAUUCGGACUUUGAUUGCGUAUACAUUCACCACGGGUCUUUUCACGACUCUUGUAGCUGCUGCAGGGCUGGUACUGGUGCGUAGCAUAUCCGACAAGUCUGUGUCUAAGUCUGCUCUAACUGAAUCACCCACGUCCUCAGAAGCGGAACUCAACCGACACGUCAGCUUUUGUGGGAGCACUAUUCUCUACGCCAGCGGUCUUCUCGCUUCACUCAACCGACGCGAUAAAAUGCGUAAGGAAAUCGCACCAUCAUCAGGUAUCAUCACUGUCCCUCUGGGUCACGAUCUCAGCGAACUCGAAGGACAUUCCACGGAGGUGUCAAGAGAGUCCUUGACAGAUGUUGUUAUUGAUAUCUGCACUUCCACCGAGUCUUCCAGCGAUGGUGUCUCCGAACCUGUAGACGAGGACAUUCAAGCUCGGCUGAAACCAAACCAUUGA